UCUCAGUCUCACUCUCUGUCUCCCCCUCCAACCUCUCUCUUAUAGGGGAGAGAAUGGGCAGACACCGCCAUAGUGACAGUAUUGGGCAGCGGCAGGGGACAUAUUCACUAUAAGACAGACUUUGGUGGCGUGGGCGUUGGUGAUAAACGCGAGCGUGCUGAUGGGCGUCUCUUCCGCCCCAAAUGUCCACCCACACCCCACGCCCAGCAACGAAGGCAGUCACACACCAGUCAGCCAGUCACCAAGAGUUAAUCCCCGCAUCACCAGUCAUGAUGAUGCGACUUCAGAAGGAGUCAUCUUCCCCAGCGUCUUCCCAGAGGGUCUAAAGAAGACAGCACCACUAUCAUUGCCGAAUUCCGUUAUCCUGACGGACGACGGUCUCUCUAAAGCCGUAGUCAAGCGCUCUACCGACGACCACGACGGCUAUAUGACCGCCAUUGGAUAUGAUCCAAUGACAGCGUGGUCUAAGAAGAACGGUUACGAUCCUGGGUUUGAAACCUACAUGCAAACCAUCGGUUACGACCCCACAAUGGCUUGGGGAAAAAGAGAAGCUAAGAGGAACGGGUUCGACUCGUAUAUGCAGAGUAUCGGGUAUGACCCUAUGAUGGCUUGGGCUAAGAGGGACGAUGGCUACGAUCCAUACAUGCACAGCUUUGGCUACGACCCAUACUCCCCCUUCGCUAAAAAGACAGUUAAGAGGAGCAGCGAGAGCGAAGGAAACUAUUAUGAAUCGGACCUCGCAAUCGAACCAAAGAAGAGAGACGAGUACACAGAUUCUUAUUACCCACAGCACUUCUUCGGUGACAGUAUGAAGAAACACGAUCCCUACCUGGACGUGUACAUCCCUCAGCACUUUAUGCAUAGCUACAAACGCUCGAUCAACCCCUACCUUUUGUCCCUGGCUUCCAACGACUGGAAGAGAGCGCCAAACGAUAUGGGGGCUCAGGGCUUUCAUGAGGGCAUCUUUACUCACAACUUCGGAGAUUUCUCUCCCGUGAAGCGAGGCAAGAGAGAAGUGGAAUCUUCAGAAGUGUCAACUCCUGAGAAGAGACGCCAAGAGAUGACCUCGAGUGGCUUCCAUGGCGACACUUUCUCAGGAGGUUUCGGUGACUUCUCUACCAUGAAGAAGCGUCGCUUGGGAAUGGGUGCAAGUGGCUUCCAUGGGGACACAUUUAGUCAAGGCUUCGGCGACUUCUCCACCAUGAAGAAACGUCGCUUAGGAAUGGGUGCAAGUGGCUUCCAUGGGGACACCUUUAGUCAGGGCUUUGGAGAUUUUUCUACUAUGAAAAAGCGUCGCUUGGGAAUGGGUGCAAGUGGCUUCCAUGGGGACACUUUUAGUCAAGGAUUCGGCGACUUCUCCACCAUGAAGAAGCGUCGCUUAGGAAUGGGUGCGAGUGGCUUCCAUGGGGACACUUUUAGUCAAGGAUUCGGCGACUUCUCCACCAUGAAGAAGCGUCGCUUAGGAAUGGGGGCGAGUGGCUUCCAUGGAGACACCUUUAGUCAAGGAUUUGGAGAUUUCUCAACGAUGAAGAAAAGGAGACUGGGAAUGGGUGCUAGUGGCUUUCAUGGAGACACCUUCAGCCAAGGCUUUGGAGACUUUUCGACUAUGAAAAAGCGGAGACUAGGCAUGGGGGCAAGUGGCUUCCAUGGAGACACUUUCAGUCAGGGGUUUGGGGAUUUUUCAACAAUGAAAAAAAGAACAGGAAUGGAAUCGAUUGAAUCUGAUGGCGGCGCAGUUAUAGGAGAUCUCGCAGAUUUUAACACGAUCAAGAAAAAUGAUUCAGAGGAGAACUCCCAAACGCCUGAAGAUAAUGAGAUGGAGAUGACCAUGAGAAGAAAGCGUGAAGUUGAUGUCAACAAAGAUAUGGGAAUGAACAAGCGUCGUCCUAACAAGGACAGUGAUACAUUCGACGAUGGUUUCAGUGACUCUGACACAAUAAGAAACAAUCCGGAGAUGAAACAGCAGCUCCCGGAGGGUGAGGAGGAAGAGUUACGCAUGAAAAGGAAUUUGGAGGAAAGCGAGCUUCUGCAAGUGGAAUCUAAACCUCCCAUUGAAAGCGAUAUCGAAGGCCGAAGACGACGAAGCGUGCACCAGGAGGACGACCUCGAAGACGACAAUCAACGACCACUCUUCAAGAGAUCCCUGAGCGACGACACGGAAGGACUUGGAGACUUUCACACCGUAAGGAAACGACGAUGAGGCCCCAUUUCCAUCCCUUCUGUGCCCACUAAGCAUUACUCCCUCCAUCACCCAUAACCUUCCCGAGGACGCCUCCUCCAUCACUCAUCCCAUAUCUGGCCAAGGCCACAGAGUUUUGGAUUAAAUUAUAAUCACUUCUCUUAUCUGUAACUCAGUCUAAAUAAUAUCUACUUCUGUGUUGGCCGACUCUCUUAUCGCGGCCGCGACUUCCGUAAUAUUUGUACUAGUUACCCCUGCACUGAUGAGAGAAAAUGGAAGAUAUUUAAAGCAGGUUUUCUUUGUAUCUCUGACAUGAUAUUACGUCCUAUACAGAUAUUAUCUCAUUAAACUCUGUGUAAACAAA